GGACUCCCCGUGUCCAUUCGGUUACAGAAAUCCUGACUGAUGUCCCCCUAUAAAAUUCUGAAAUUUAAGAAAACUAAGUGAAAUCUGCAGUUGCGAAUUGGUUGAUGCCAGCUAGUGCUAGGCAGGAUGGAUGCUGAAGACAUAUCCCAGGGCCAAGCAGCUCCUCCAACCAAGAAGCUCAUUAGCCCUUCUGGAAAGCAUUUACUUCACCGGUUACCUACGUUUUCUGGACCGACAAGGAUUGCCCAAAGCAAGGCGAGUGUUAAGGAACAUGUGGCGGAGGAGACUGCUAUACACGUAGUUCCCGUGGAGGAGACGGUCAAGGAACCUGUUCCUGAGGUUGAACCUACUGCAGGAGAUGCAGAUAAAAAAGUUGAAGCGAUGGAAUGUCAAGAUGGAGAAAAGGCUCUUUUAUCUGAGGACGCUCUUAAGAAUACAGCAGAGGAAACAGGAAAAGCGUUGGACAGUGUCAAUCCUACAUCUGCCACUGAUGAGAAAGUAGAGAAAAUGGAUGUUGAUGAAACUGCUGCGAAGGCUCCUAAUCCUACCCCGAUAAAGAAGCGGAUCCGUCGCUCCGUCAGUAUUAACAGUAACGCCAGCAAAAACGAUUCUGAAGAUGGGGUGGUCAAUUUGUUGCCUGAAUCUGGUCCUGUGACAGAUAAGUCUCCUGCUGCUUCCGUGUCUGGUGAUGCUCAAGAAAAGAAAAAGAAGAGCCGUCAUAAGUUGUCCCCAGAGGAACUUUCCAAGCCGUCGACAUGGUUGGUUGGUGAUCUUGUCUGGUCAAAAGUCAGUGGUCACCCAUGGUGGCCUUGCAUGAUCUCCUAUGAUCCGAUUCUAGGUGUUCAUACCAAGUUGUUGGGAAGCAGUGUACUGCAGCGUGCUUAUCAUGUCCAAUACUUUGGUGCGAGGGCCGAGCGUGGUUGGUCCAGAAGUGCUGCAGUCAUUGAGUUCAAGGGGAAAGAUGCCUUUUCAGAACAAAUCAAAAACCACGCUUCCCCAGGGAGAAAUCGCAACAAGAAUGUUUUUGAUCUUGCACCGUCCAAAAAAGCACCAUGGAACUUCGCUGUGAAUGAAGCUGAUGAGGCCAUGAAACUCACGCGAAACGACCGAAAGAGCAAAUUGACAUUUCAGUACAUGCCGCCUAAAACGAAGUCUGCUUCCACGUCGGGGAGUACCCCGGAAACUCGUCCAAAAGAAAAGAAGGCGCCUGCUAGAAAAUCUACUGGCAGUAUUGCAACGAAGGCCGCUGACGUUUCACAUGCUGAUUUGAUGAAUGGUUUGCUGCAGCAGGGGACGAAGAAAAAGCGUCGAUCUGCACCAGCCAAAAAAAAAAGGAAGUCGAACUGUGGCGUAGGGACGUCGUCGGAGAUUCUUGUAUCUUCUGGGUUUGACGUCUACUUUGAGAAAAAUGCCACGAAGGUGAAGGCAGAUCAUCCCCAGUUCACUGACGAUGCCGUCAAGCAGUAUCUGCAGCAUCACUGGAUCUGUCUGAGUCACGAACAGAAACAGGAGUAUGAAGGAACAGUUAUCCUGGAAGACCAAGGGGGGCGUCGUCUCUCCGCCCGCGUCAAGAAGCCAUCCAAGAAAGUUCUUGAGGCAGUGGAUGAUAUGUCUGGGGAUCCUGAAGACACAGAUGAGGAGUCACCCGCUGAGAAAGAGACAUCGCCUGAAGCCGUAAGGAAAAUCAAUGUGUCCGAGUUGGAGGGACCACGACAUGUGGAAGACACCCUCGAUGACACUAUUAACUGUUUCCUCUACGGUGAUGACUAUCAAAAGGCCAUUGAAGAACAAAGUGUUGUGAAGUCAGAAAACAAACUGCCCAAAGUUAAAAAACCUGCUGCUCUUGGAAAGCCUGUGGAAGCUAAGAAGAUCGCUGGAGUGAGGAAAGCUCCCAAGAUGAAGAAGCCUGUCGGUACGAAUAGGCCCCAUAAGGUGGAUAAGCGUGGACAGAAACGAAAGCGUACCGAACCGGUACCACUUGAUUCCACCGACUUUGAAAGCCAGCACGAGAUUGAAGAAAAGCCGAAAUUGAAACGCCAGCGGACAAAGGAUGGUACGUCGUCGUCGUCUUCGGAUGGUGAAAAAGGGAGGAAGAAAGUCAAGGAGGACACGUCCGAUACAGAUUAUCAUUCCGGCAAGAAACCGAGGAAGAGGGCAAAAGUGGAGACCCCAACUGAAAGCGAGUCAGAUGCAUUAGAAAUAGAUUACGACGCACUCGAUGAUGAUCCCAACAAGCCCGAUGCGUACAACUACAAGCCCGGGAAAGUGUGUCAAAUCUGUGAAAAACCCGAUGACCUGAUCCAGUGUGAGGGUACCUGCAUGGUGUCAUUCCAUCCAACUUGCCUGGGCAUGACUGUUGCUCCUGUCGCAGAGUUUAAAUGCGAUGAGUGCCUUUCAGGUGUCCACACGUGCUUUGCGUGCAAGAAGACGGACAAGGAGACGAGACGAUGUUCGAUCGCGAUGUGUGGCAAGUUCUAUCAUGAGGAUUGCUUGAAGGGGAUGAAGCAGGCCCGUAUAGAGGGAAAGAACUUUAUCUGUCCACUGCAUGGAUGUGCUACGUGUUAUGCAAACAACCCUAAAAGUAUGAAGGCAAACAAAGGUCGGUUGGUGCGUUGUAUUCGAUGCCCCACGGCCUACCACACAGGCAUUGGUGACCAGUGCAUAGCGGCUGGUUGCGAGCAGAUCACCGCCUGUAGUAUGAUUUGCAGUAAACACUUCAAACCGGAGAAAAACAAGGGACAUCACGCCCAUGUCAACGUGAGUUGGUGCUUCGGUUGCUCAAAAGGUGGUACUCUACUGUGCUGUGAGUCAUGUCCCGCGGCCUUCCAUCACCAGUGUCUCGGCAUUGACUUCCCUGAAGGCAGCUGGUAUUGCAAUCAGUGCGCAGACGGCAAACGACCGCUGUACGACGACAUCGUUUGGGUGAAGUUAGGGAAUUAUCGGUGGUGGCCAGCUGUGAUAUGUCAUCCGAGGAACGUCCCCAAAAAUAUCCAAGACAAGAAACACCAAGUUGGAGAAUUUCCCGUCCAUUUCUUCGGUUCCAAAGAUUAUUUCUGGACGCAUCAGGCCCGAGUGUUUUUGUUCCAAGAUGGUGACAAGGGGAGUCGUGAAACUGCCAAUACAAAGAGGUUGGAAGAAGUGUUUAAAAAUGCUGUAUUAGAGGCAUCUGAAGCAUUCCAAAACUGGAAGAAGAUAAAAGAGGCUAAAAAGCAACAAGAUACACUAAGAAUUGAGAAGAAACCCCCUCCAUAUAAAUACAUCAAGGUGAAUGUACCUGUUGGUAACGUCACGGUUCAUAAGGCCGACCUCACUAAAAUACCAAGAUGCGAGUGUACGGAAGAGAUGCCGUGUACCAAGGAAUCUGACUGCCUGAACAGAAUGCUCAUGUACGAGUGCCAUCCGACCUUAUGUCCAGCAGGUGAAAAGUGCCAAAAUCAAUGCUUCCAGAAACGGCAGUAUCCCGAGGUCGUGCCAUAUAAAACACCUGGGCGAGGCUGGGGGCUCAAGUGUAGAUUUGAUAUCAAAAAGGGUGAAUUCGUGAAUGAAUAUGUUGGAGAGCUGAUUGAUGACGAAGAGUGCGCCCGUCGGAUUAAAAAAGCCCACGAUGACAACUUCUCGAGCUUUUAUUUAUUGACACUUGAUAGUAAAAGAGUGAUAGAUGCUGGUCCGAAAGGCAACCUAUCACGCUUCAUGAACCAUAGCUGUGAGCCAAACUGCGUCACCCAAAAAUGGAACGUGAAUGGCGAUGUCCGAGUGGGUUUGUUUGCGACCUGUGAUAUCUCCGCAGGUUCUGAGCUGACCUUCAACUACAACCUGGACUGUUUAGGCAAUGAUAAGAAGGUGUGCUGUUGUGGGGCAACACGAUGUAGUGGCUUUCUUGGUGUGCCUCCCAAGACUGCUUCGGCAAUGGACCGGGUAGACGAUGGCAAGAAAGACAAGAAGAAGAAGAAAAAGAAACGAAAGUUGAUCCACAAACCUAAACAUGAAGAUGACUGUUUCCGAUGUGGAGAAGGUGGCACCCUGGUCAUGUGUGACUUGCCAGGGUGUACGAAGGCCUACCACAUGGACUGCUUGACGCUCGAUAAGUUGCCAUAUGGAAAGUGGAUAUGUCCAUGGCACCACUGUGACGAAUGUGGCAAAAAGGCAGUCAGGAAGUGUACAGAGUGUCCGAAUUCCUUUUGCCUGGCUCACACCGAGGGGCAUAUCACAGAAAUGGCAGACGGUAAACUGUUCUGCCGGGAACAUGAGGACUUGAUUGAGACGUAUACGUUGACAGGUUCAUCAACGUCUGCUACGAGUAGUGAGGGGGAAACGAAUGGAGAGGACGCCGCUUGUGAGGACGCAGAACCAGGGGACCAAAAUAAGGAAAAACGAGACCAAGCAGUGAACACUGAUACGAACUUAAACUCGAACGGUGAUUCUUCGAGUUCAGAAUCGCAUCUGAACGGUACAAAAAAUUCUAGUGGGGGUGAGAAAGGUUCAAGCAAGUCAAAAGGAAAGAAAAAGGGCCAAGGGCGUCCCAGAAAAGCUAGUGUUGAUACCGAGGACCAAAAGACACAAAUGCCUGAUAAAGAGGGGCCUGAAAGAAUAGGUCACAAAAAGAUGUCAAAAGUUGGGAAAAUAAAUGAGAGUUUGUUGCGAUUGAAAAUGAAACAGAAGAUGAAGAAAAUGAAAAAGGCGAAUGGGAGCGUAAAAGCGAAAAAGACUGAGAAUAACAAUGAUGUUAAGCCUGGCGAGCAGAAAGACUCGACUACGACGGAUGAUGAUGAAUUCCCUAGUCUUGUGAUCGAUAUACCAGGUUGCUGAUGCGUGUGAUGUAUAGGGUAUCCUAUUGUGUUCAGGGAGAGCUUCUUGUCCAUCUCAAAUGUUAGGCAUCUAAUGCGUUUUGUAGAUAUUGUUUUACAUUCCCCAAAAUUUGCAUGGUGUGAAUUGCGAUGCGAUUACAAAUAUAUCUGUUUCCCUUGUUGCCAGCUUGUCAUCAUGUCCGCAAUUUCAGAGUAAGUUAGUGGAUAUAUAUUUUUUCAAUCAUGUUCAAAUUUUGAAAUUUCCUUAUCGCUAUCAUUAUUUUCAAUGAUCUGACCAUAUCGUUAAGCCUGAUCAGUUAAUUUACUUGGAGUUUGCGCCAGAUAAGGUCUUUCUCUGUAUGCCUGGUAUAGGCUGGCAUAAAGUGCUCUUAGAAAGCUACUUUACCUACGAUGUAUAUUCUGUGCUUCACAACAACCCGCAGUUUGGUCUUAUGAUGCAAUGAGACACAUGACACAUUGCAUCUUGGAAGAACACUUGCUUUUAAAACUAAUCUUGAAGUUCUAUUAAAAUUAGAAGAUUUGAUCAGAAAUAAUUUUUCCUGUCCUGUAGUUUACUUAUACAGACCACUUGGAUUUGCAGUGACUGAAUAAGUGAUUGUCUUCGUCACAUUCCUGGCUAUGGUGCUGCACAGCCAAGUUUUCCGAGAUCCCGUUAUAAACAUUUUUAGGGCAACAGAUCAGGUAGCAGUCUGACCGAAAUGGCUCAAGUUGAGCAAGGAAAAUGCGUAACGAAGUUUUCCGUAUGACCAACCGUUCCUGGUGCUGCUUCGAUAUCACAAACCUGUUCCAAUCUAUGACCAGAUCAGUAAUCACUCCUGCCAUUGAAUUUUGAAAUAUUUGGGCAUAAGUUCCCUGUCUCUUGUAAAAGUUCACAACUUUUUUUGUGGUAAUACUUUCAUUUUAGCGCCAUAAACCGGUGGCACACAUAUGCUAAUGAUUUGGAGUCUUGCCAAUGUUAGAGUCCAGAUUUUAUUUAAGGGUUGUUCCAAAAUGCAUGCUUGAUGGUGGGGGGGGUUUUCUUCAAAAGGACCUCGUUUCUUGGUUUUGAGACAUUCUAUUUAUUAUCAUGGAAAAUAGUUACCAUGAUAUAUUUUGUCUUGGGCUUCCAAUCAGUGCCACAGACUUUGCUGGCAGAAAUUCUCAAGUGCCAAUUCAUACUUCAGUGAACAGUUUGUGUAUCAGUUAUUUUGUGGCUGAGCAAUCGCUAUCAUUCUGGUAUCUUCACCGGCCUGUAAUAACAUCCCAGAUUUUUUGGACCUCUGUCACGGCAGCUUGUAAACCGGAUCUUUCAUUCUCAUGGCCUGAGGUUAAUUCUGUAUGCAAAUCAGGUCUGUUGGCCUGAGCUUCAGGGAAUUUGAGAGUAAACCUGCAGUGUUGGAGUUUUAUACAAUAUCUUGUACAGAGUUUUUACUGUUUGGAAACAAAAGGUGUAUAUACAAGUGUAAGAUAAAAGACUGUUAAUCUUGGGAAUAAAUUUUAUCU